GCGCAACGUGACUGAUGCUCAACUGGCCCCACGGCUGACACAUCCAAGCUCCCGCCGUUGCGUGGACCUAAAAGAAAGAGGUCCUCUAACGCCGAGACGUCGGAGGAGGACAGAAACCAUCCACGCCGCCCCUGGACCCUCCCCUUGUCAUUGCCGCCGGGAGAGAUGAGUCGCGGUGUGAUGCUGUGAUGUGACUGUGUGAGCGCGCGAGCCUCUUAACAGCGGCUUGACGACUUAAUCGCUCAGAAGGUGAAAACGGUGAGAUAUUGGCGGUUUUGUGAAGAGAAUGGUGAUGACGGCUUCCUCUGACAGCAUGCAGUCAACGCGGCAUCCGCGGCGCGAGCCCUGACCACAGCUGCAACUGAGAAGCUAUGCCCGUGGAUACAGAACCUUCUCCCGCUUACUCUCGGUUUGGUGCCUAAAGGGUCGUUGCUAAGCUUCUCGGACACACUUUAGGCUGUCAGAGGAGAGCACCUGCCUGGAGUCGAGGAGAGGUUUCAUUAAAAAAAAAAAAAAAAAAAAAAAAGGCCGGCCUCUCUGCAGAUCACUCCCUCACAUCCUCCACGGCGUCUGUGUGCCGCGAGCGCUCCGCAUCUUCACUACAUGGCACUUCACCUGAAAGACAUCAUAGCCCGAGCGUGCGUUGCGUCCUGCCACUUUAUAUUAUAGGCUGUUUUGCCUUUACAGUGGACUAAAUUAAUCGACGCGUGAAUCGGAGAAGUGCCGCGUCUAUGCACCUCAGCCGCACCGCCCCGGAAAGGACUUCUCACUGUUGAAAGCUGGAUAUGCUGAGAUUAACGUGAAAAGGAUGGAUGUAAUUAUCGCAGUUUUGGGGCUACUGGCGCUGAUCGUUGAAAGCAUACGUUGCCAAGGAGUGUAUGCACCUCCGACUGUCCGCAUUAUACACUCGGGACAUGCCUGCAAUGUUGAAGAAGAGCGACACACAGAGAGAGUCUACACCAUCAGAGAAGGAGAGACCCUCGAACUCACCUGUCUGGUGACAGGCCAUCCUCGACCACAGAUCCGAUGGACAAAGACAGCUGGCAGUGUGUCAGACCGCUUCCAGGACUCCAGUGUGUUCAACGAGACGUUGCACAUUGCAAAGAUCCUCAGGACACAGGGGGGUCGCUACUACUGCAAGGCUGAGAAUGGCCUUGGAUCUCCAGCUAUCAAGUCCAUCAGAGUGGACGUUUACUACCUAGAUGACCCGGUGGUUACAGUGCACCAGAGUAUAGGAGAGGCUAAAGAGCAGUUCUACUAUGAGAGGACUGUAUUCCUUCGCUGUGUGGCCAAUUCCAAUCCGCCUGUACGCUACAGCUGGCAUCGUGGGAGAGAGGUCUUGACGCAGGGCUCAGACAAAGGCGUUGAAAUCUAUGAACCAUUUUUCACACAGCAGGGGGAAACAAAGAUACUGAAGCUGAAGAACCUGCGUCCUCAGGACUAUGCCAACUACAGCUGCAUCUCCUCAGUCAGAAAUGUGUGUGGGAUUCCUGAUCGGAGUGUUAUCUUCAGGCUCACAAAUAAGACAGCCUCUCCAUCCAUCAAACUGCUGGUGGAGGAUCCUAUCGUGGUAAAUCCAGGUCAGACGGUAUCCCUAGUGUGCAUCACCACUGGGGGGGAACCACCCCCAAUCCUCACAUGGGUCAGCACCAAUGAAAGCCUGCCACAGAGAAGCGUGGUAAAAGGGGGAACUCUCACGCUACCAGCCAUCUCCUCGGAUGAGGCGGGAAUCUACAGUUGCGUGGCAAGUAACAAUGUGGGGAACCCAGCCAAGAAGUCCACCACCAUUGUGGUGCGAGCCUUGAAAAAGGGACGAUUCUGGAUCACCCCUGACCCCUACCACAACGAUGACAACAUCCAGAUUGGCCGUGAAGUCAAGAUUUCUUGUCAGGUGGAGGCAACACCUCCAGAGGAGCUGACAUUUAGCUGGUUGAAGAACGGCCGCGCCCUGCGGAGCUCAGAGCGUAUGGUCAUCACCCAGACGGACCCUGACAUCUCACCUGGAACCACCAACCUGGACAUCAUAGACCUCAAGUUUACAGACUUUGGCACGUACACCUGCGUGGCAGCACUGAAGGGAGGAGGUAUCCCAGAGAUCAGCAUUGACGUCAACAUCUCCUCCACAACUGUUCCCCCCAACCUGACAGUCCCUCGGGGCAAGUCCCCCCUGGUGGCCCGUGAGGGUGACACAGUGGAGCUGGAGUGCCUUGUUUCAGGGAAGCCCAAGCCCAUCAUACUGUGGUCGCGUGCAGAUAAGGAAGCCCCCAUGCCGGAUGGCAGCAUGCAGAUGGAGAGCUAUGAUGGCGUGCUGCGGAUUAUUAAUGUAUCCAGGGAGAUGACGGGUUCAUACCGGUGCCAGACCAGCCAAUAUAACGGUUUCAACGUGAAGCCUCGGGAGGCCAUAGUGGAGCUGAUCGUACAAUACCCUCCGACAGUGGAGCCUGUUUACAGAGAGAUGCGUCAGGGCCUUGGGAGGCCGGUGGUGAUGACCUGCAGGGUGCUUCGAGCCCACCCCUCCCGUGUGUUGCGAUUCGAGUGGCUACUCUCAAACCGGCUACUCCAUGCUGGAGCCUUUGAUGCCCAAAGAGAUGAGACGGAGUACACCAUCCGCAGCCUGAAUCGAGAAGGCUGGGGAGAGUACACCUGUAACGUCAUCAAUGAGGCUGGAGCUGGCAAAUGCACCUUCCAGGUUACAGGUAAAGCCUAUGCCCCUGAGUUCUACUAUGAUACCUACAGCCCUCUGUGGCAGAACAGGCCCAGAGUCUACGGAUUCAAGCUGCAAUGGACCCAGAAGAACCCCAACGCCGUGGACCGUAUUGUUGCCUACAGAUUAGGCAUCAGACAGAUGGGGCAGCAGCGCUGGUGGGAGCACGAGAUCCCCAUGGAUGAACCAAUCAACAAAGGAGAGCUCAUGACACAUAACCUGACUGAGCUGAUAAAACCCGAAUCCUACGAGGUGCGCCUCACCCCCAUCACCCGUUUUGGAGAGGGGGACUCUGAAAUCCGAAUUAUCACCUACAGUGCUCCCAUCAACCCUCACCUGAGGGAGUUCCACUGCAGCUUUGAGGAAGAGCCUAUCUGCAUGUUCACCCAGGACAAGAACGAUGAUUUUGAUUGGACAAGGCACAGCGCUGCCACCCGUGACACCAAGUACACCCCCAACACUGGUCCUAGUGCUGACCGCACUGGUUCAAAGCAGGGUUUCUACAUGUACAUUGAAACAUCGAGACCACGCAAAGAAGGGGACCAGGCACGGCUUAUAAGUCCAUUUUUCAACAUUGCACCUAAAAACCCUUACGGCAUCACAAACCCACCUGCCUACUGCUUUGGCUUCUUCUACCACAUGUUUGGAAAACACAUAGGAACACUUAACGCCUUCCUGAAGCAGAAGGGCCAAACGACCUCAGAGAGUCCUGUGUGGUCGCAAAGUGGUAACCAAGGUGAACGGUGGAAGCAGGCCAAAGUAAGCAUCCAUCCAACAUCGUCCUUCCAGGUUGUUCUUGAAGGUAUCCGGGGUCCAGGAAUUGAAGGGGACAUUGCCAUCGAUGAUAUCACGCUGGAGGAAGGGGAGUGUCGAGACCCACCACCCAAUGACAACGCCAAGGGCCUGACCACAUACUCCCAUAUAUGGCUGCUAUGUGUUAUCUUGGUGCUGACCCUCCUGGAGGGUCAGAGGUGACCCUUCUCCCCGUCAUCUCAGAGGCGAAUGUUCAGACCCGCCGUCUGUGAGCUAUACCCUCGGCAUCCGAUCACCAAAGAUUCAUGCAUCCUGAAAGCAGCAAGGUCCCCAGACGGACCACAGACCGCGGGGGGAGGAGCAACUUUUUUGAAAGAACAAAAGACAAAAUAGAAAGUAAUAAAGAAGAUACACUAAUUUUUUCUUUUGAGAAGAGCUCUUUAAUGGAAAACAUCCCCCCCGGUACAGGAUUUGGGAUGUCUUUAUGAGCACAAAGACAGGUGGGCGAUGAAUGAGCCUGGACUUUGGCAGAGGAGUUUGCAAGCCUUGAGGGAGGGCAGUUUGUAAAGCACAAGACUAAUUUUAUGAAGCUAUGGAAAUAUCUUUGGACGGUGGCCGAAAACAGAUACUGCUGACUUUUUGAAUAUUAAAUAACAUUUCCCUGCUUACAAACAAAUGGAAUUCGACCUUUCUCUGUGUAUCUUUAUCUUCAUUUUCUUCCACCAGAUGCCAAUCACCGCCACUUGUUUUUCACUCUAGCCCAGCCUCACGUCACACCCUGGCAUUUCUUUAUCUGCUUGGUGCUGUUCUGUAGAAAAACACGGACUCGGGCAACAUUUUGUUCUGUCUGCUUACUCCCCUGUAGCUGCCUAUGUAUCUUUUAACACUGUGCUCACGAGUCCAAGUGGCCAACCGACGGUAUGAUGGCAGAAUAAUAAAUGCAUAAAAGUCAGCGCAGUUGUAGACAGCUGGAAUGGAUGGAAGAAAGAAGUUGAAGUUUAGGAGCUAUAAUAUAGAGAGGUUGAAAUGAAGAAAAGAGUGGAGGAAAAGACGGAAAAAGCAGACUGUAGCGAAAGGUCCAAUUACUGUAGUCUGACUCAAAUAUUCAGUCAGUCUGGCUGUGGAACAGAAGCCACUUUACUUUCUGCCAUGAAACAAAGUGCCUUCAGAUUACAAACCGAAUCGUGAGCCUAUGUGUUAAUCAACAUCGAACAAGUCUCUGUUCAUGUUUCCUCUGAUGGGCUAUUUUCUACGUUUCUUUCGCCCCACAAGUGCUGAAAGGAAGGCAUGCAUGUUCAGAGGGAGUAUGGGGCUUAGCUAAACCCAGAUUACAUUCCUCAUAGGGGCGGCUGCCUGUGACUGCGUGUGUUUGUGCGCAUGCAAGGGUGAGUGUUUGUGUGUGCGCAUGCGCCUAGGCCUACGCACGAGUUUCACGUAAAGGCAGCCAACCAGGCAGCACUGGCAGACCCUGAGCACAGGUUUGGAAUCAGCGUGGAUAAAAACAGUGAGCGGAAAUGGUGAAAGUGAGGCUGAGGAUCUUUUUUUUUUUCAAAUCAGAGGGAUAAAGACAUUUCAUGAAAUGAAUACCCCUCUCUCUCUUCUCAUAAUUCUCCCUCGCUGUGGGAGAGCAUUUUUUAACAAGCGAGAAGAACAACUGUGGAAUAAAACAUUGUGUUGUACAGGGAGGAGAGCAGGAACUUUGGGACUGCAAGCUCUUUAUUAGGAUGAAUCUCUUCAUCCGUAUCCUCCAACAUUUAUAUGGAACAAUAUGAAAAUAAAACAUGAUAAUGACCACAAUAAUAGUCAUGAUAUUUUAUUACUCUAGCGAGAAUGUUUCUCUGCUUUUACACAAACUGUGAAGAUUGACUGUGGAAGAUCUACCUGAGACCAUAACCUUAACCAGCGGGGUUUUUAAAAAAAUAUAUGUAUUGUAAAAAAGAGAAAAUAAGAUAAUGAAGAAUUCCGUUCAUUGUUGGUUAUGAGAAAUGUUUUGAGGACUUGUCUUGUUUCUCUUUUUUUUUUAUUUUAUUUUUUUGUUUGUUUCUUUGUUUUUUGAAGAUGACUUAACUUACUUUCUCUUCUUGUUGUCUCCCUUUGCAUUGCUAAAAUAUCAAAGCUGAUGGAAGCAUAAGAAGUAAGCCAAUCUGGUAAAUGUAUAACUUGUAAAUGUUAAAGAAGCUCUAUUCAAAGGUUUAUGAUAAAUGUUUUAUGUUGGAGUACAGGAAGCACAACAUACAGUUUAAGGUCUCAACAUUUAAAGUCCUUUUUUUAUUAUUUCUCUGCACAUGUGUGACCUACUCUCACAAGUUCAGGCUUUUUCAAUACUCAAAUCUAUAUUUAACAGCAAAUUGCCCUUUUUUUUACUUAUAGUGUUAUUUAUAGUGCAACCACAACACUAAGGAAUAUUAAGAGAAUCUGUAGUCAGAUGCAAGGGAGGUAUUAAAAAAAUCCCAUGAAUGCAGACUGGGUGUUGUGGUUCAGCAUAUGUAGCCUCUUCAGUUAAAGCCUGGAUUAGUCUGAGUGGGUUGUACAUUUGUGCAUGCAUAAAGCUGUGUACAAUAGUAGUGAAAAGAAACUGAUACAAUGUAAAGAAGAUAAAUAUGCUACGCAAAACAGAGCAGAAUGAAGAGCAUUUUCAGGGCAUCCUUUCAAUAAUAUUUUGGUCUAUAUAAUUUUGUUACUGAGAUAUAAUCAUUACAGAUAAAAUCUGUUAUGAGCUUCUCUAUUUUUUAUUUUUUAUUUUUUUCUCCUCUUUUUUUUUUUAUCAAAUUUUGGUCAUUUUCAUUUCAAGUUUUAGAUCACACUGAAUGUAAGUGGACUUCUUGGGCGUUCUUGAUCUUACAGUCUUAAAAGAUGUAAUGUUUUACUAAAUCAUAUGUUUCUCUGUGUGCGUUUGAUGAGGACUUUCAGACUUUCGUGGGUCGUUUGAAACACAUCAAGAAAAUUUUGAUGCAGACUUUCCAAAAAUAGAGGCUCAGAUAAAAUCCAUUAGCUAGCUCCACCAUUAGCUAGCUGCUAUACCCUUCUGUGGUAUAGUGGGUAACAAAAAGUGCCAAAGUGACCCUUCAGUUAUCACUGUAACAAAGUACAAACAUGAAUUCAUCUAGAUUUGUUGGCAACAGUUUCUUUUAAAUCCCUGAGCACCUGAUCAAAUCACUUGAUUGAGAGCAAAAGAUCUGCACAUCUUACUGACAAUAGCUCUUUAGUACACGAAUAUCUAAAUUACUGCAAAGUUUAAAUAAAAGGAUACAUUUGGUAUUGUUGUCAAAGCACUUAACAUUAUGGGGAACUUGCUUGAAGUGUAUGUUUAUGUAUUAUUACUGUGAUGCUACAGCCAGGAGUCACCUAGCAUAGUUUAAAACUCAAAGGAAGAGGGGAACAGCUAGGCUAGCUGUCUUUGUCCAGCAGUUACAAAGUUUGCCAGCAACUCCAAAAACUCAUUAAAUAACUCAUUAUACCUUGUCUGUUUCAUCCCUAAUAAAUGAGGGGAAAAAAAGAGUUAAAACAAUGAGUUGCUGCUCUUUUCAGGGGGAAUUGCAAUAUAGAGAAAUAAAGUUACCGCUCCUGAUUAAUCAUCUAAAAACCACAAACUGCUGUUCUGUUAUUAUUAUUACUAUUAUUAUUCUAUAGAUAACACAUGAAAUAUUUGUUUAUUUAUAGGCUUUACAAGUGCUCACAGCCUGAUUUUGCAACUUUGAUUGGUACCAUGCUAGCUGUCCCCCCUGUCCAUCCAGUCAUUUUGCUAUGCUAAGCUAACUGGUUGGUGUUAUAUUCAUGAUAAAUAAACAUAAACAAAAAUGGUAUCAUUCUUCUUUGAACGAUAUGAUAAUAAAAGCUUUUGUCUAACACUUAAGUUAUUAUAUUUCCUAAAACAACAGAUUUCCAGGGUACAUAGGGCUGUUGUUUAGCUACUAUGCGUAUAUUGGAAAGACAUCAGUAUUAGCCUGCAAACUCUACAGCAGACCUCCCAUUUAUCCCAGGUUUAUCAUUUAUAUUAUAAAAUACUUGGUAAAUUUGUGCAAGUUUGAAGUUUACAUUGAGGUUAAGAAAUGUUUUUGGGCUAAAACUGAACUACAAAAAAGAUAAUUGUUUAUUUUCUGCAGUUCUUAUGUCCCUGAUUUUUCAAUUAUGUGCAUUUCACUCCCUCAAUGUCAACAAUAUGAGCAAUGUGAACCUUAAGAGUAGCUCACACUCUCAGCUUGUUCUGUUUUUGACCGAAGUCCUCCUUCAAAGUGCAGUUGUGAAGAUUAACAGUCACUGAAUAUGUAAACCAUUAAUGACGACAGGCCUGUGCAGUUGUGGAACAUGCAACAAAAACCAGAAAAUUAAUUUACGAUUAUUGUAGAUGCGGGACCUAAAUGCUAAAUUUUAAUCAGUGGGCCUCAACAUUGGGAUUCUUUUUUUCACCAUUACAGCAGUGGUACAUAUAAUCUUUUGCAAUUACAAGACUAAAAUGGCUCUAAUUUCUUUCUUUUCUUCGUUGUACAUCUUCUCAGCACUCUAUUUAAUUUCUUAUAUGUGCUUUCUGCUUAAAGUAGUUCAUCCUAGCAAACAAUGUGAUAUCUAGUAGGUACAAUUUAUUAUAAAAAAAAAGUUUAAACUACUUCUUUUGUAGCAUGCAAAUUCACUCAGCUUUAAAUUUUCCUAAGAUGACUACAUAUGCAUCCAUUUAUAGGACACAGUUUGAGAUACAGACAGAUCUGAUGCAUACUGGUGAUGUCUUCCAAAAUGAGUCCCGCAUCUGGAUAUUUUUAGUUUAAGUUUUUGUGGUUUUGUUUUGUUUUGUUUUGUUUUUUUUCUUUUCUUCUGCUAACUAGUCUCUUUGUGGUACAUUUUGUUCAGAUCGAUCCAGCUGGUGAAGCAGGUGGUUUAGAAAGCAGCAUAUCAUUCCUUGCUGCAACAACAACGAUCGUCUCACCUCUUAAAUUAUGUGCAUUCAGGAUUCAAAAUAUUUCCCCAUUUGUGUGUUUUACUGAUGUACAAUUACAUUUGUUAUAAUUUUUGCUUAAAUUUAGGAAUCUUUAUUAAACUGUUAAUUAUGCUGUUGUUUUGCCCUGCACCCACUCUCAUAUAAUAUAAUAUAAUAAGGGCUCCAAAUAUGCAGAAAUUAAAUGAAAUCACUCGAAAGUACAGCAGUAUGUACCUAAGACUUUAAGCAAUAUUUAAAACAGUAAAAAACAAAAAAAAUAAAGCUUGCAGUCAUUGCAAAUACUGCUCGUUAAAACAAAUAAGGUGUUUAAGUCAGCUAUUGCACUGCAUUACAUCAUAUUGGCCACAGCACAAACUAUAAAAUGUCUAUCUUUAAUCUUUUUGCAUUCAAAAGGUAGCAAACAUUUGAUUCAUAAUGGGAAUGAAGCAGAUUCCAGCAGUUUCACACUGGUUCUGGGAAAAGAAAGAAAAUGUCUUGCGUGAUAUAAUAAUGUCCUGGACUAUAAAAAAAAUACAUAGCUUUAAUGUUGGUUCAGCUAAAAAAAAUGAAUAAAAAAUGUAUUUAAAAAAAACUCAGUUACUUCAUUUUGACUUUGAUGAAUACAUGAACGAAUAAUGCAGUUGUGCAUGAAUGUACCCAGUGCUUACCUUAAUGCCAUUAAAUUAGAAGUACUGUAGCGUUUCAAGGAUGAGGUUUGUCUGAGUUUUUGCAGGCCAUAGAUUGAAAAUAAUUACAGCAACAUGAAAUAUCUUGAAACAAUUUCCCAGUUCUUUGGUAAAUUUGAUUAAAUUUAUCCAUGUGAGUAGAACCAUGACCAACUGCUCUCGGACAAAAUGUAAUUUAGAAGAAAGUUUUGCCUUAAUUCCCAAAAGUGCAUACCUCGAAAAUGUUAUAAAGUAUACAUUGAAAAAAAAACUUAAUGAGUGGAAUGGUGCCCAGUUAUUAGGCUAAACACAAGAAGUUUCCAUUGUGAUUUAGCAAGAGAUGUAUUUUUUAAAGAAAUUCUACUUAAUUUUCUGCAUAUUUGUUAUAAAUAGUUAUAAAUACAAUUAACUGGAGAUAUAUUAUCCAUACCUUGUGUUAGGGUUAGCUUAAAAUCUCAUUCUUAAAGGGUCUCUAAAAGGAAGAGUCUGAACAUGCCUUUCUGAAUGGAAAUGUUCUCAUGUUCUGUUGAACCUAAAAAGGGCUUUGUCACAUUGUGCCAUUCAUUACGCUAUUUUUGCAUCCCCCACAAAAAAAGGAACAUUUAGUUCCACUGAAGUGAUCAAACAGCAGCCCUGUUAUUGUCCUUCCUCCUUGAUAUUUAUUCAUUAAGAGAGCUAGUGCCAAAGUGGGAGAGCGUUGCAGUGAACCACGAAAAACUGUGAAUUUCUCACAGUCAGGAGUCAAAACCUCUCUGAUAUUAAACUAGAACUCUAGCUAUUGUUGCAGUUUCACAAGACCAAAAUAGCACCCUUAAUGGGAGUUUCACUUCCACACAGCAUUGAGAAGUUGCUGCAUCUCACUAAAAUAAAAAAAUCUCUUUUUACACUGUCAGAGAAGAAUGAAGAUGUCACUAUUUGAUGGCAUGACUGCUCAGUGUGACAACUUUACAAGAGACAAACCUGCCACCUCUUGGUGCAGUCUCUCUCUGGCGUUACAACUUUCUCAUUGUCCUUGGAUUUCCACCUUCUCUCUGUCCUCUCUUUAUCUUUCACCUGCUCUGGUCAGUAACCACAGGCCAUUUCAGCAGCUAAAUGUUUGCUCUCACAGACUCCAGUUCUUUCCCAUCAGUGCAGUUGACUCCAUGCAGGGUGACAGAAGUAGUCAGUGAUGAAACACCCCCACCCCCAACCCCCUGCCAUUUGAAUUAAAAA